AUGGCACCAAAUAAUGGUGGAGUUACUAAAAACUCUACCCCCAAGGCCAAUAAAUCUCACCUCCCUGAAAUGAAGCAACUAGCAAGCGAUAAUUUGAUCUCUUCGCAAAAGAUCCAAAGUGCAGUUGCGCAAGCGUCUAUUUCGCAAGGGCGACACCCAACGCACAACUCGUCAGACGCACACGAUGGUGGUCAGCUUAGCGACAGUGACCCGAUUGGCCAAGCCAACUAUUCGCCGCCAUUGAACAGCUCAGUCAUGAAUUCUAUCGAGAGAGACGACACCCCGAUGCUUGAUGCUGGCUCGGUAGACCAGACCGGGACCGUGUCCAGCUCAAGUGGUCACGAACGCCCUCCUGCGGCCGGUCAUUCACAGAAUCAAGAUGUUGUCUCCCAGUGCCCGAGGUACCACCGAGCCCGAAGAGCCAGAGCUUCUAGCCACCCUUGA